UCUGUUUUUCUCCACCAAAAAAAGAAGACGUGGUGAGAAGAGUCUGCUGUUUGACUUGGGAGGUUAGGAGCCUCAAAUGAAUGUGCUCUCUUGCUUCUUCUCUCUGUUCCUCUACCCUCAGGCGUCUCUCUCUCUAUCUCUCUCUCUCAGUUUAUACAAUUCUCCCAUCUCAGCCUCCUUUAAUUGCUCUCUCCUGUAAUUCCAUACAGUAAAUUUUCACAGUAUAUCUUUCAUCUACACGUUUUGUUAUGAAUCUCCUGUAAAAGUUGUAAGAGGGAUCAUCAUCAUCAUCAAGACUCAAGAGAUAAAACCCUAUAUAUAAUUCCAAUGGCCGACAUUGUGGCUCCCGUUGUCUUGGACAGCUUGAUCAACCUGAUCACAGAUGAAGCAAAUUUGCUUUCUGGAGCGAAAGAUCAAGUCGAUUUACUUCAAAACGAUCUCAGAGUCAUGAAUGCCUUCCUCAAAGAUGCUUCAGGGAAGCAGCACAGUAAUCAUGUUGUAAAAGAGAUAGUAGACCAAAUCAACAAUGUUGCUCUUGAAGCUGAGGAUGUUAUAGACACACACAUGGCUGAUAAGAUCAUGAAGCAAAGAAGAGAGAGCCCAGUGAGGAAAUUGCUUCGUUUGCCCAGCCACAUGAAAACACUUCAUGAUGUCGCAACUAAAACGGCACGCAUCAAGAGCAAAAUAAGUAAUAUUUAUGCUAAUAUAGCAACAUACGGCAUCGGCCGAGCCGAAUCAAGUGGUGGUGGUGGUGGUAGUGCUGCGGCAGAGGCAGGACAACGACUUCGAAAGAUGAGGAGAAAAGUUGAGGAGAAUGAUGUGGUAGGCCUCGUCCAUGACACACAAAAACUGGUAAGCCAGCUCACUGAUUGCACAAAGAAUUUAAAACGUGAUGUCAUUUCGAUAGUUGGCAUGGGUGGUUUGGGGAAAACCACUCUUGCCAAAAAAAUCUAUAACAAUACCCAUGUCAAGAACCAUUUUGGUUGUUGUGCGUGGGUUAGUGUAUCUCAAGAAUACAAAUCUAGAAAUUUACUUCUUGAUAUAUUGAAGUGUCUUAAAGUUGCAAAAUUUGAUGAAAUAUACAAAAUGGAUGAUGAAGUGCUUGAAAUGAAGCUGGUUAACUACCUCAAGGGAAAGAGGUACUUUGUUGUCUUGGAUGACAUUUGGGAUACUGAUGUAUGGGAGGAGAUAAGAGAAUUUUUUCCUGAUGAUUUAAAUGGAAGUAGAAUACUAAUCACCUCUCGUCGAAAAGAAGUGGCUUUACAUGCUAGCCCAACUAUGGAUCCUUAUUUCCUACCAUUUCUUAAUGAUGAUGAAAGUUGGGAACUCUUAUGCAAAAAGGUGUUCCGAGGAGAAGAAUGCCCAUUCUAUCUGGAAUCCCUAGGGAAGGAACUUGCAAAACAUUGUAAAGGAUUGCCCCUUUCCAUUGUUGUAUUAGGAGGAAUUCUAGCAAAAAAAGAGAAGUUAACUCAAAUAUGGUCCAAAUUUAUUGGUUGUGUCAACUCGUAUCUAACGGAUGAGAGGACCAUACCAUACUUAGAAAAUCUAGCAUUGAGUUAUGAUGACUUGUCACUCAAGUUGAAACCAUGCUUUCUAUAUUUGGGUAUGUUUCCAGAAGACUAUGAGAUUGAAGCACGAGAAUUAAUGAGAUUGUGGAUAUCUGAGAGAUUUGUACACCAAAUUGGGAAUAGAAAGGUGGAUGAUGUAGCAGAAGAUUACUUAGAUGAGCUCAUUGAUCGAAGCUUGAUCCAAGUGGCAAGAUGGGGAAGUGAUGGAAGUGUAGAAACAUGCCGUAUCCAUGAUCUCCUUAGAGACUUUUGCAUUAAAGUUAGUGGCCAAGAGAAGUUGUUUGAUGUUUAUUCAGAAUCCAAUAACCUUUCAUCCCCACUAAAAGCUCGAAGGCUUUCGGUCAAUUACGACUCUAUUGGAUAUAUAAUUUCCCAGAGUGCUUGUGAUACACCAUCCGCUCGUUCAUUGCUUGCCUUUUGCCAAGGUGGUGAUGUUGUGGAAAAACAGUGGGAAUGGAUUUGCAAUGGCUUCAAGUUUCUCCGGGUAUUGAGGCUUUUCGAUGUACAUCGAACAAGUUUAAUUCCACAAGAAAUAGAGAAACUGAUCUUUCUCAGAUAUUUGAGCAUAACCAGCUUUUACACUGCCAAUGUUUUCCCGGUGACGAAGUUCCAGAUUACAUAUGCAGCCUUCCAUAUCUAGAGAUGCUUGAGUUGCCAGUUCUAAAAGUUUUAACCUUUUCACAAAAGAGUAUAUCGAGAAUGAAACAAUUAAGCUAUGUGGAUGUUGGUAUCGUGGGAUUCAGAAUAUUAGUUGAUGAUGAUCAGCGUGAAAUAAGAGGAGGAAACGUGGACAUGGACACUCUACCCAAUCUCCAAUCCGUGCAGUCCAUAGUAGUUGAUAAACACACCGCAUCUAUCCUUCCCAAGUUUCCAAAUCUAACAGAGCUUAGGCUAUUCGAUGAUGAACCGUAUAUUGCAAAGUCUGAAAAGGAAGAAGCGCUGGCAAGCCUUGGGAAGAAUCAAAGGUACUUGCAAAGGUUGGGUCUCUGUUAUUUCCGUGAUUAUAAUCUGCGAGUCCUGCCACCAACGCUCACAAAGUUAACUUUGUAUGAAUCAGAGAGCCCGAACAUGAUGAAAACCUUAGGAAAACUUCCCAACUUGCUUUGGCUGCAGAUAGAAAAUACCCACCAGCCGAAGAGUCUGGACCUCUGUGUGGGUGUAGGGGAGUUCCCUCAACUCCAAGUUUUCGAAUUGAUUGAGAACAGGAUUAACAGUUGGGAAAUGGAUAGAGACGGCAUGCCAAACCUUCAGCGUUUGAUCAUCAUCAACCGUUUCUUCAAACGGGAAAUAGAUUUGCCAGACCAACUCUGGUUUCUGAGGGCUCUGCGAUUUGUUAAGAUCAAUGUGUAUAUGGAUGUAGCUAAGUCUUUCCGGAACAAGUUGUGGGAACUGAAUUACAUGAAGGAGGAGUUUGUAGGCGAGUUAAAAACUAAUUGGGAAUUGACCAUGAUAAAUGGAUGUAAGGUAUCACUCUCUGCCUGGGGUAGAUGAUCGAUGAGGUCGUACGAUAUGUGCAGUUGAUAUACUUCAGCUAAUCCGCCGGUGAAAAAUUUGUCUACAUAAGGAAAUUGGGCAUUGAAUUAUCGUGGUCAGUAAUGAUUCAUCACUGGUGACAGGGAAAUGGGUAAAGCAGAAAUCCUAGCCGCGACCGCUAUUGCAUUUUGGUAAUUUGCAGGGCAUGGUCUUCUUUCGUGGUAUUUGUCAGGGAAAAUUAGAUUUUUCGAUCGUAGGGGUCAUCCUGCAAAACUUUGUAGUUAGUUUCUUCCAUUGCUUGCUGCUGCUCUUGUGGGAAUCACCCGUGUAGAUGACUAUUGGCAUCACUGGACAGAUUUCUUUACUGGAGGUCUUAUAGGUUGGUAUUUCUGAAAAUGAAGGAGGUAAAAAAAAUAUAUAUAUAUAUAUAUAUAUAUAUGUAUAUAAACUCAAGCUUACUAAUGUCUCACUGAUUUGAAAAAUUGUCUCAAUGCAGGACUUGUAGUAUCUACAUUUUGUUAAUUGAGAAAAGAGGUAAUAGUUGUCGUAAGUUCUUGUCAAAGCAGAUAUGGAAGAUGAAAAAAUUAAGAAUUGUCCAUGUGUCCAUAGGAACAUGUUUGCAACUGCCUAAGUUUCGAAGAAUGAAGUUUGAGAGCACACUUUCAAAUAGUGGACUUUUUAGGUCCUAUCAUGCCUUGUUGUCGAUCGAUAUACUGCACUUCUCAUGACUCAGAACAAAUUCCCAAAUGUAAGAAAACUGCAUCUUAAGCUUGAUGAGUUUAAUAUAUACAUGGAGGAAUUUUAGCUGACAGCAAUCUUAUGAAACCUCCAGUAUUUGAUACACCUGGAAAACUUGAAAAUUUAGAAUUUUAAGUUUCAGCCUUGUCUGAAUUUGUUCCCAUCAAGUCUCACCAAGAUGACCUUAAAAAAGUGUCAUUUGGGUUACAAACACUUCAGAGUUCUUGGUAAACUUCCCAACCUUUGAAUGUUGAAGAUAAAUGAUUAUUACCCAUUCCUUCCUAAUCUUCCACCUCUCCAGAUCAUAUGCAGAGCAGGUGAAAGUUUCCUCUGCUAGAAGUCUUUGAAAUGAUCCCAUUUCCAACUGGAAAACUGGGAACUGAAAAAAGGGCAAUGCCGAACCUUCGGUGCCUUGUCAUCAAGAGAUGCUAUGAUUUGAAAAAUCUGCCACAUGAACUCUGUUGUUUGCCUGCCCUGCAACAUGUAGAUGUUUAUGACUCCUCAGAGGAUUUGAUGAAGAUGGUCGACAAAAAUAAAUGUGAAAAACACUUUGUGCCUUGAAAUUAUUAGCUUAUCUA